GUGAGCGACCAGUCAAUCCUCCUCCUCCUCAACAACUGGGCAUAGUUGCAGUGACAUAACAGCAACUCCACCAGCUCAUAUCCAAGUGGUAUCACCACUGUGGCUGACCGCCAGUAAAUCUGGAAGCAUGCUGGCCGAAAAAGUUCCUGACACCCCUGUGGAGGUCCUCGUGGAUCUCCUAACAAAAGCCAAAGAGAUAGCCACAGCAAGUAGCAAUGUGCCAAAAGAGUUGAUGAGUCACUUGCAGAAGGCUCUGGACAUAGCCAGCGGCCUGGAUGACUACUUGGAGAAAAUGACCACGCAGGAAAGUGAACCUCUGGCAGAGCUUUAUAAAAAAACGAUUUCCCACGACUGGGAUCAAGUGCACAAGGAGGGCAAAACCAUGUUCCGGCUUCCCAAAGAGUGCAUCACUGGACAUAUUGAAGGUCAGACCCUGAAGAUGCUGAUUCACAUGAGUCAAUCUAAGAGGGUCCUGGAGAUUGGGAUGUUCACCGGCUACGGUGCACUGUCAAUGGCUGAAGGACUUCCCGAAGAUGGCUGCGUAACUGCCUGUGAGUUAGAACCAUACCUCAAAGAAUUUGCCCAGUCCUUUUUUGACAAGUCUCCACAUGGCAAGAAGAUUACUGUCAAAACUGGACCCGCCAUGGACACCCUGAAGGAACUGGCUGCUGCAGGUGAGCAGUUUGACAUGGUCUUCAUUGAUGCUGACAAGACUAAUUACAUCAACUACUACAACUUUAUUCUGGACAACAAUCUGCUGAGAUUGCAAGGGGUCAUCUGUGUAGAUAACUCGCUGUUCAAAGCAAAGGUUUAUCUAAAAGACACAGCAGAUAACAACGGACUGGCGCUAAGAGAAUUCAACCAGUUUGUCUCCAGUGAUCCACGCGUGGAGCAGGUUAUUAUCCCUCUUAGAGAUGGCAUCAGUCUUAUACGGCGGGUAUCUGUGGCGCCUGAGUACUCAAUGACACAGAGUAAAAUAACAGAUGACGAAGUGUUUCGUGGGGUUAAGGGGCGCCCCAUCCUCGAUCGGAUGCGUCUGGAUGGAAAGGUGGCCUAUGUGACCGGUGCUGGGCAGGGCAUAGGCCGAGCAUUUGCUCAUGCCCUGGGUGAGGCUGGCGCAAAGGUGGCUGUGGUGGACCUAGACCAAGAUAAAGCUGAGGCAGUGGCUAAAGAACUCUUUCUUAAAGGUAUCAGUUCCGUUUCGAUCACAGCUGACAUCAGCAAAUCAGACGACGUCCAGAGGAUGAUUGACAACAUUGUCUCCAAAUGGGGGGCGAUCCACAUCGCCUGUAACAAUGCCGGCAUCAACAUGAACUCAGCCAGUGAAGACACCAGUCUAGAGGAGUGGGACCAAACUUUUAAUGUCAACCUGAGGGGGACUUUCAUGUGCUGUCAGGCGGCAGGUCGAGUGAUGUUGAAGCAAGGAUACGGCAAGAUUAUCAACACAGCCUCCAUGGCCAGUCUAAUAGUCCCCCAUCCCCAGAAGCAGCUUUCCUACAACACGUCCAAGGCUGGAGUGGUCAAACUGACCCAGACUCUGGGCACUGAAUGGGUUGACAGAGGAGUCCGCGUCAACUGCAUCUCACCGGGGAUUGUUGACACCCCUCUCAUCCACUCUGAGAGUCUGAGGCCUCUGGUGCAGCGCUGGCUGUCAGAUAUCCCUGCUGGUAGACUGGCUCAAGUGACAGACCUGCAAGCUGCAGUGGUCUACUUGGCAUCUGACGCCUCCGACUACAUGACAGGGCAUAACUUAGUCAUAGAGGGUGGGCAAAGUCUGUGGUAGAGGGGGUAGAUGAAGAGAUGAAAACUUUUUCUUUUUUUUUCCACUCUUCACUCUCCUGGGGUUAGUCUCAGAAAUAGGUGGCAUUCACAUUAUCUCACAUUCACAGUGAUGUUAGUUUAAAUCUUGCUGGAUGUUUAACUUUCGGUCAAGUUAACAUCUGUUCUGCGGUGUGACGAGAUGACUGGCAGCUUUUUGUCAUCAGUUAGCCAUCAUGUGUGUUAUGACUGUGGCACACUGAAGGUUUUUAGUGGAUGAAAAAGACUGUAUCAUGUUAAAUUGCUACAGAGAGGUCUAACAGCUGGCAGUGUUUUGGUCAUACAAUGGAAUUUUGCUAACAGGACAAAAAAAUCAGAAGUCCGAGAAAGUAAAGGGAAACUGUUACCACUGUAUAACGUCUCUAUUUCUGCUGUAUGUUCUCUUGACUGUAUUUUAUACAAUGAAUGCUGUUUAAAUAACAAUUUUGGUAAAUGUGACAGAUGAAAGCCACCGAAAGAAAGCAUCUUUUGACUGUAUAUGUUAGAAAAAUGCUUGAAAAGUUUCAUUUAUUAUUUUUACAUCACAGUUUCUAGUUCAAGCUGCUUUACAGGUUAAUAAAGA